ACGAGGAGGGGCUUGAUGCCGUGGAGGACUCAGGCAGACGAGCCGAGCUGACCCGCUUGCGGUGCGGUGCGCAGCCCCCUCAUUGAAGCUCCAUGCACUGACGAGCGGCCCGGACAUCAGGUGUGUAGGUCGGUGAGGCCGUUAUACUGCCCAUCAAGAUGGUGGCCUUGUCGCUGAAGAUCUGCGUCCGCCAGUGCAACGUGGUGAAGACGAUGCAGUUUGAGCCGUCCACGCCCGUGUAUGACGCGUGCAGAAUCAUCAGGGAGAGAGUGCCGGAGGCCCAGUCAGGACAAGCCUCGGAUUAUGGCCUCUUCCUCUCUGACGAGGAUCCCAGGAAAGGAAUCUGGCUGGAGUCUGGAAGAACCCUGGAUUACUACAUGCUGCGAAAUGGCGACGUCUUGGAAUAUAAGAAGAAGCAAAGGCCGCAGAAGAUCAAAAUGCUGGAUGGUGCGAUUAAAACCAUCAUGGUGGACGACUCGAAGACAGUCGGCGAGCUGCUGGUCACCAUCUGCAGCAGAAUAGGAAUCACCAACUACGAGGAGUACUCGCUCAUUCAGGAGGUGACGGAGGAAAAGAAGGAGGACGGGAUGGGGACGCUUAAGAAGGACAGAACGCUGCAGCUCCGGGACGAGAGGAAGAUGGAAAAGCUCAAAGCCAAACUCCACACAGACGACGACAUGAACUGGCUGGACCACAGCAGGACGUUCAGAGAGCAAGGGGUGGAGGAGAGCGAGACGCUGCUGCUCAGGCGCAAGUUCUUCUACUCGGACCAGAACGUGGACUCUCGGGACCCGGUUCAGCUGAAUCUGCUCUACGUUCAGGCGCGGGAUGAUAUAUUGAAUGGAUCCCACCCUGUCUCCUUCGAUAAAGCUUGUGAGUUCUCGGGGAUCCAGGCUCAGAUUCAGUUCGGACCCCAUGUGGAGCACAAGCACAAGCCCGGAUUCCUGGACCUGAAGGAGUUCCUACCUAAGGAGUACAUCAAGCAAAGAGGGGCCGAGAAGAAAAUAUUCCAAGAUCAUAAAAACUGUGGAGAGAUGACGGAGAUUGAGGCAAAAGUGAAAUACGUGAAGCUCGCCAGGUCCCUGCAGACAUAUGGUGUGUCCUUCUUCCUGGUGAAGGAAAAGAUGAAGGGCAAAAACAAGCUGGUGCCGCGGCUGCUGGGGAUAACCAAGGAGUCGGUGAUGCGAGUGGAUGAGAAGACGAAGGACAUGGUGCAGGACUGGCCCCUGACGACAGUGAAGAGAUGGGCCGCCUCCCCCAAGAGCUUCACCCUGGAUUUCGGAGAGUAUCAGGAGAGCUACUACUCUGUCCAGACCACAGAGGGAGAGCAGAUAUCCCAACUUAUUGCGGGAUACAUUGACAUCAUUCUUAAAAAGAAGCAGAGUAAGGAUCGUUUCGGCCUUGAGGGAGAUGAGGAGUCCACCAUGCUAGAGGAAUCGGUUUCCCCUAAGAAGUCCACAAUUCUGCAGCAGCAGUUCAACCGUGUGGGUCGAGUGGAGCAUGGCUCUGUAGCACUACCGGGCAUCAUUCGGUCGGGCUCCAUCGGCGGCCCUGACACAUUCAAUGUGGGUACUAUGCCCUCGGCCCAGCAGCAAAUCACCAUGGGGCAGAUGCACAGGGGACACAUGCCCCCGCUGAGUCUGGCCCAGCAGGCCCUGAUGGGAACCAUCAACAGCAGCAUGCAGGCUGUGCAGCAGGCCCAAGCCGACCUGGGACAUGUUGAUAAUCUUCCUCCACUGGGACAUGACUUGGCUUCCAGGGUUUGGGUUCGGAACAAAGUGGAUGAAUCCAAACAUGAAAUCCACUCUCAGGUCGAUGCUAUCACCGCUGGAACCGCAUCUGUGGUCAAUCUCACUGCAGGUGAGCCCACAGAAACGGACUACACGGCGGUGGGCUGCGCCAUCACCACCAUCUCCUCCAAUCUCACGGAGAUGUCCAAGGGUGUCAAACUGCUCGCGGCACUGAUGGAGGAUGAGGUGGGCAGCGGACCCAAGCUCAUGGGUGCUGCCAGGAUGUUGGCAGGAGCCGUAUCAGAUCUGCUCCGAUCCGUUGAGCCUGCAGCCGCGGAGCCCAGACAGACGGUGCUGACUGCGGCAGGAAGCAUCGGACAGGCCAGCGGGGAUCUUCUCCGUCACAUGGGGGAGGGCGAGACCGAUGAGAAGUUCCAGGACACCCUGAUGAAUCUGGCCAAAGCGGUGGCCAAUGCAGCUGCUAUGUUAGUCCUGAAGGCCAAGAACGUGGCCCAGGUGGCCGAGGACAGCGUGCUGCAGAACCGGGUGAUCGCAGCUGCCACUCAGUGUGCCCUGUCCACCUCACAGCUGGUCGCCUGCACCAAGGUGGUGAGUCCAACCAUCAGCUCCCCGGUGUGUCAGGACCAGCUGGUGGAGGCCGGGAAGCUGGUGGACCGCUCCGUGGAGACCUGCGUCAAAGCGUGCCGCUCGGCCAGCGACGACGGCGAGCUGCUGAAGCAGGUCGGGGCGGCAGCCGGCGUGGUGAGCCAGUCCCUCAGCGACCUACUGCAACACGUCCGCCACUACGCCAGCUGCGGAGAGCCCAUCGGGCGCUACGACCAGGCCACAGACACGAUCAUGAACGUGACGGAGAACAUCUUCACCUCCAUGGGGGAUGCUGGCGAGAUGGUGCGUCAGGCCCGGGUGUUAGCUCAGGCCACUUCUGACUUGGUCAAUGCCAUGAGGUCCGAUGCAGAGGCUGAAGUGGACGUGGACAACUCCAAGAAACUUCUGGCUGCAGCCAAACUCCUGGCUGACGCCACCGCUCGCAUGGUGGAGGCCGCUAAGGGGGCGGCGGCCUACCCAGAGAACGAGGACCAGCAGCAGCGGCUCAGGGAGGCAGCUGAGGGGCUCCGCGUUGCCACUAACGCUGCAGCUCAGAACGCCAUCAAGAAAAAACUGGUCAACAGACUGGAGAUAGCUGCAAAGCAGGCGGCGGCGGCUGCUACUCAGACCAUCGCAGCGGCACAAAACGCUGCUGCCUCCAACAAAAAUACAGCCUCACAUCAACAGCUCGUUCACAGCUGCAAGGGAGUAGCGGAUAGCAUUCCCCAUUUGGUGCAGGGCAUGAGGAGCAGCCAGGCCCAGCCUGAGGAGCUGGGUGCCCAGCUCGCCCUCAUCAUGGCCAGCCAGAGCUUCCUACAGCCUGGAAGUAAGAUGGUGGCAUCUGCAAAGUCAGCCGUUCCGACGGUGGCUGACCAGGCUGCUGCUAUGCAACUGGGCCAGUGUGCCAAGAACCUGGCUACCUGCCUGGCGGAGCUCAGGACUGCCACUCAGAAGGCCCAUGAAGCAUGUGGUCCUCUGGAGAUCGACUCAGCCCUGAAAACAGUCCAGACACUCAAGAGUGAGCUUCAGGAUGCCAAGAUGUCCGUCAUCGAUGCACAACUCAAACCUCUUCCUGGGGAAACGCUGGAGAAGUGUGCCCAGGACUUGGGGAGUACCUCUAAGGCUGUGGGCUCGUCCAUGGCUCAGCUGCUAACGUGUGCGGCACAAGGCAACGAACAUUAUACAGGUGUGGCUGCCAGAGAGACAGCCCAGGCUUUAAGGACACUGGCCCAAGCAGCCAGGGGCGUGGCAGCCAGCACCAAGGAGCCGCAGGCUGCUGCUGCAAUGCUCGACUCAGCCCAGUGCGUCAUGGAGGGCUCGGCCAUGUUGAUCCACGAAGCCCACCAGGCCCUGGUUCACCCCGGAGAUGCUGAGAGUCAGCAGAGACUGGCGCAGGUGGCCAAAGCGGUGUCGCACUCCCUGAAUAAUUGUGUGAAUUGCCUGCCUGGCCAGAAGGAUGUUGACAUGGCCCUGAGGAGCAUUGGAGAGGCAAGCAAGAAGCUGCUGGUGGAUAUUCUCCCUCUCUGCAGUAAGACAUUCCAGGAGGCCCAGACUGAUCUGAACCACACGGCUGCUGAACUCAACCACUCUGCAGGCGAGGUCGUCCACUCCUCUCGAGGAACAAGCGGCCAGCUGGCUGCGGCCUCGGGCAAGUUCAGCCAAGACUUUGACGAGUUCCUCGAUGCUGGCGUCGAGAUGGCAGGACACACUCAAAGCAAAGACGACCAGAUCCAGGUCAUUGGUAAUCUGAAGAAUAUCUCCAUGGCGUCCAGUAAGCUGCUGCUGGCUGCCAAGUCACUGUCUGUGGAUCCCGGUGCAGCCAAUGCGAAGAAUCUUCUCUCUGUGGCAGCAAGGGCGGUGACAGAGAGUAUUAACCAGCUGAUCACGCUCUGUACCCAGCAAGCAGCGGGACAGAAGGAGUGUGACAACGCCUUGAGGGAGUUGGAGGCUGUCAGAGGACUCCUAAAUAAUCCCAACGAGCCUGUCAGCGAGCUCUCCUACUUUGACUGCAUCGAGAGCGUCAUGGAAAAUUCAAAGGUCCUCGGAGAGUCCAUGGCAGGUAUUUCUCAGCACUGUAAGACGGGAGACGUGGUCGCCUUCGGGGAGAGCGUGGGUGUGGCGUCCAAAGCUCUGUGUGGGCUGACGGAGGCAGCAGGACAGGCAUCUUAUCUUGUAGGCGUGUCUGACCCCAACAGUCAGUCAGGUCACGAGGGGCUGGUGGAUCCCAUUCAGUUUGCUCGGGCCCACCAGGCUAUACAGAUGGCAUGUCAGAACCUAGUGGACCCCGCCAGCAGUCCUUCACAGGUCCUGUCUGCAGCAACCAUUGUAGCCAAACACACCUCAGCUCUCUGUAACGCCUGCCGCCUGGCCUCCUCCAAAACCUCCAACCCGGUGGCCAGGAGACAGUUUGUCCAGUCAGCCAAAGAGGUGGCCAACACCACAGCCAACCUCGUCAAAACCAUCAAGGUCAACUCUCCAACUGAUCAAAACGGCUUAGAUGGAGAUUUUUCGGAGGAUAACAGAAACAGGUGCCAUGUUGCAACGACCCCACUCCUUGAGGCUGUAGAAAACCUCUCCACCUUUGCCAGCAACCCAGAGUUUGCGAGCAUCCCGGCACAGAUCAGCAAUGAGGGCUCAGCCGCACAGGAGCCAAUCGUGCGUUCAGCCCGCUCGAUGCUCGAUAGCUCCACCUACCUUCUAGAAACAGCCCGCUCACUCGUCCUCAACCCCAAAGAUCCGCCCACCUGGUCCAUACUGGCUGGCCACUCCAGGACGGUGUCUGACUCCAUCAAGAGCCUCAUCACCUCCAUUCGGGACAAGGCACCAGGACAGAGGGAGUGUGAUUACUCCAUUGAUAACAUCAAUAAGUGUAUCCGGGACAUUGAGCAAGCUUCCCUGGCUUCAGUUGGGCAGACCCUGCCCUGCAGAGAUGAUAUCUCCCUGGAAGCGCUCCAGGAGCAGCUGACAUCCUCUGUGCAGGAGAUUGGGCAUCUGAUUGAUCCUGUCUCCACCACAGCCCGAGGCGAAGCUGCCCAGCUAGGACACAAGGUGACUCAGCUGGCCAGUUACUUCGAUCCACUCAUCAUGGCGUCGGUGGGGCUCGCCUCCAAGCUCCAUGACCACCAGCAGCAGAUGACCAUCCUGGACCAGACCAAGACCCUGUCGGAGUCGGCCUUGCAGAUGCUCUACGCUGCUAAGGAAGGCGGGGGAAAUCCAAAGGCGUCCCACACCCACGAUGCCAUCUCUGAAGCAUCCCAGCUGAUGAAGGAGGCUGUGGACGACAUCAUGGUGACAUUGAACGAGGCAGCCAGUGAGGGGGGCAUGGUGGGGGGCAUGGUGGAGUCCAUCGCCGAGUCCAUGGGCAGGCUGGAUGAAGGAACACCACCUGAACCUGAAGGAUCCUUUGUGGACUACCAGACCACCAUGGUGAAGUUCUCCAAGGCCAUCGCCAUCACUGCACAGGAGAUGAUGACAAAGUCAUUGACCUGCCCUGAGGAGCUCGGUGGCCUUGCCUCUCAGGCGACAGUGGACUAUGCACAGCUAGCACACGAAGGACGUCUUGCUGCAGCUACUGCAGAGCCGGAGGAGGUUGGUUUCCAGAUAAGGACACGAGUGCAAGAGCUGGGCCAUGGCUGCAUCUACCUGGUUCAGAAGGCGGGGGCCCUGCAGCUCAGCCCCACGGACAGCUUCUCCAAGAGGGAGCUCAUCGAGUGCGCCCGCGCCGUCACAGAGAAGGUGUCCCUGGUGCUGUCAGCACUGCAGGCGGGGAACAAAGGCACCCAGGCCUGCAUCACAGCAGCCAGUGCUGUGUCUGGCAUCAUCGCUGACCUGGACACCACCAUCAUGUUUGCCUCAGCUGGAACACUGAGCCCUGAGAAUGAAGAGUCCUUUGCCGACCACAGGGAGAACAUCUUGAAGACGGCCAAGGCGCUGGUGGAGGACACCAAGCUGCUGGUGGCUGGAGCCGCAUCCAGCCCGGAGAGACUGUCCCAGGCCGCCCAGUCCUCAGCCAAGACCAUUACCCAGCUCACUGAGGUGGUCAAGCUGGGAGCAACAAGCAUGGGCUCUGAGGAUCCUGAGACACAGGUGGUUCUGAUAAAUGCCGUGCGCGACGUGGCCAAAGCUCUGGCGGAACUCAUCGGUGCCACCAAAUGUGCCGCCGGGAAACCAGCCGACGACCCGUCCAUGUAUCAGCUGAAGAGCGCGGCCAAGGUCAUGGUGACCAACGUGACGUCUCUUCUGAAAACAGUGAAGGCAGUGGAGGAUGAAGCCACUCGCGGGACGAGGGCACUGGAGGCCACCAUCGAGUGCAUCAAGCAGGAGCUGACGGUGUUCCAGUCCAGGGACGUCCCGGACAAGUCCACCACACCCGAGGUGUUCACCCGCAUGACGAAGGGCAUCACCAUAGCGACAGCCAAGGCAGUGGCUGCGGGGAACUCUGCCCAGCAGGAGGACGUUAUCGCCACUGCCAACCUGAGCCGAAAAGCCAUCUCCGAUAUGCUGACUACAUGCAAGCAAGCAGCGUUCCACCAAGAAGUCAGCGAGGAACUGAGGAGCAGGGCCCUGCAGUACGGAUCUGAGUGCACCAGCGGAUACAUCAACCUUCUGGAGCAAGUGCUGCAGGUGCUGCAGAAGCCCACACCGGAGCAGAAACAGCAUCUGGCCCUGCACUCCAAACACGUGGCAGCGUGUGUGACCGAGCUCGUCCAGACAGCAGAGGCCAUGAAAGGAUCAGAGUGCGUGGACCCCGAGGACCCGACUGUCAUCGCUGAGACCGAGCUCCUCGGAGCGGCGGCGUCCAUUGAAGCCGCCGCCAAGAAACUGGAGCAGCUGAAACCGAGGGCCAAGCCCAAGCAGGCAGAUGAGACGCUGGAUUUUGAGGAGCAGAUCCUAGAGGCUGCGAAGUCCAUCGCUGCAGCAACUAGUGCUCUGGUUAAAUCUGCAUCGGCAGCACAGAGAGAACUGGUGGCACAAGGGAAGGUGGGAUCCAAUCUAGCUAAUGCAGUGGAUGAUGGCCAGUGGUCACAAGGUCUCAUAUCAGCGGCUCGUUUGGUAGCGGCAGCCACCAGCAACCUGUGUGAGUCGGCUAACGCCUCGGUUCAGGGCCACGCCAGCGAGGAGAAGCUCAUCUCUUCGGCCAAACAGGUGGCGGCCUCCACAGCUCAGCUGCUGGUGGCCUGCAAGGUGAAGGCGGACCAGGAUUCUGAAGCCAUGAGGAGACUUCAGGCUGCUGGUAACGCCGUGAAGCGAGCCUCAGACAGCCUGGUGAAGGCGGCUCAGAAAGCAGCGUUCGACAAGACCGAAGAUGACAGCGUGGUGGUGAAGACCAAAUUCGUCGGAGGCAUAGCUCAGAUCAUUGCGGCUCAGGAGGAGAUGCUGAGGAAGGAGAGGGAGCUGGAGGAAGCCCGCAAGAAGCUGGCUCAGAUCCGACAGCAGCAGUACAAGUUCCUGCCCAGCGAGCUGAGGGAGGACGAGGGCUGAGGGGCCGAGCGGGGAAGGACGUGCGCUGCAUUGAUGAAGACCCCUCUCGUCAUAGGCUGAUGUUGCCAAUGUAUCAAUGGCUGCUUUACUCUCUUAUAAUCGAGGAAUAUACAGCACUUGAAUCAGGCCUGUUGGGUGAGAACAACAAGUGCCUGUGCUCUGUAGUGUGUUUGUGUGUGUCAGCGUGUGUGUCAGCGUGUGUGUCAGCGUGUGUGUCAGCGUGUGUAUUUGUCAGUUAAAGACACUCAAUAAGGAAAAAAGUUGUUAAUAUGAGCAGGUUGAGAAAGUGUGAUAAAGUUGUAUGGUUAAUGUGUCACUGCUUUGUGAGUGUUACUCCAUCAUGAGCAUUACUGACUGUUACAAUCAUGAAUUUGAGAUGUUAUGAAUGCAGAAAUCCUCUAUAAUCUUUGAAUGUUCUAUUAGUGUUGAUGGUUCAGAGCAAAUGGAAAUGAACUGGUGACGCCUCCAACCAACCUUAGGGUCCAUGGCUUAUUCUCCCAACAUCCUAUGUAAAAACAUCCGAGGGUUAAUAGAAAGCGGAGGGAGGAGGGACUCCUCGUUUCACCACUGCUUUGCAUGCACCAUAAUGUCUAUACAUAUCAAUGAGGCUACUAACCAAUAGAGUAGUAUAGAGUGGAAAGCCACUUGUAUUUUGCUAUUGAAAAUGUGAAAUUGCUGAUCAUCUGGAUAAAUCAUUUCAAAUCAAGGAUUCUGACCACCGGCCAACAAUUGAUAUAAAAUAUUUAUUCUUGACAACAUUUUCUAAGGACAUAUGUGACCAAAUAUGUCUUUGUCCUUUUGUGAGUCGGGCCGCCUCAUGUAGCCCCGGCAGCCCCUCCCUCACCUACGCAGGGCCGUGUAAGGAAGAUAUAUGUUUACAUUGUGUGUCACGUCUGCUCCUGCUCGUCUUCGGGAAUUAAUCCCUCUCCCUGUAACACUGGCCAGAUUUAGUUUGGGUGCCCGCUGUACUGCACACACACUCACACAAACAUACACACACUCACAUACAGCUAUUUUCCCUGCUCUUCACCCCGCUGUUAUGGCAACAGUAUUUUCACUUUGGACUGGCGGUCAAAAGCAAUACAACGAUUCUAGCAAGAUACUAACGAGGGUCUGCGCGGUCACUGGUUGGUCGAUUGCAUACGUGCAGUGAUGUUUGGCUUUGCCCUCCUGAAUGACACAAGAAAUACAUUUUUGCACUGAUCAUAAACUUACGCACUGAAGAAGGCAAUUUAAAGCUUCCGUCACAUACAAAGCAGAAGGAAGUUCUGAUGGAGGAAACUGAUCCAAUAAUUUCCUUCACUUUCGUAUAUUAACGUGUUAUAUAUUGCAAAUGUUACGCACUUCAUCUCCUCAGUCUGUCCGUGCCAGUGUCUGGUCUGCAUCGUGUACUAGUGCCUUACUCGAGUCUGUCCUGUGAGCAGCUGAAGAUCAGGCCCGGUUUGGAGCCUGACCCUCUUCCUCUCUGGAUCAGAACAUGAUGCCAUGCUGAUGCCCAUCGGGGUCUUAAUAAACUGUCACCGAGUCCCUCUGCCAUACAGUACAAUGCCUUGGCUGGUGACCUGUAUACCUGCCUCCAAUGUUAUAAUGCUGAUAUAUAAUAAAAAAGGGCAUCCGUGGAUACCUUCGGAUUCAGAGACCAUAUCAGAACUCUUAACACUAGACUGCAUUCCAUGAGCAUGUGGCAAUUUGUGUUUGGAUAACUUCCUUGUUUCAUCGUCUAUUCACUAUAAAAAAAAAAGAUUUGUUUUUAUCAGUAAAUGUAUUACCCUGAAAUAUAUUGUCUUACUGAUUUGUCUGAGUAUAAACAGGAAAUAGGAACCGUUAGUAGCCCUGUUAUGAAUCGGUGUUGUGCUUUCUUUAACAGACUGCAUUGGUUUUAUGAUUUAAUGCUGUAUGUAUAAUAUUUAUCUGGUCACAAAAGUAUUUUUUGUAUUCACCAAAAAAUAAAAAAAGUUUCAAAACA